CAAGAAAAUAGUUUGAGUUUUGUAUAAAUGUGAUCACAAUGGAUUUUAGACAAAGGAUUGUGUUUAGUGUUCUUUUCUCCCAUGGGUUUGGUAGGGGAAAUUUUGAGGUCUUUUCCCUUUCGUUGGUGGUGGAGUUGUAAAAUGAAAUCUAUGUUCUAUUAUGAGCAGACAGCAAAAGCCAGUGGGCAACUAAAUCUGCAUGUAUUAAUAAGAUCAGGUCCUGUAUGCUUUAUUAGAUUUCAGCUCCAAAAUUCCCCUAUAACAAGGGGGUGGAAGUGCAGGAUGAAGCACUUUGUUCUUUUGAAUUUCUCUUGUUACAAGAACAAGAUAGAAAAUUAUAAUGCAACAGUUAUGAAAAAAAUUAUAGAUUUAUCCAUAUUUUCUAUUAUUAUAGUGCAUGAGAGAAUUAAAAGAAAUUAUAAUUUUUUAUUUCUCAAGGUCUUUGGUCAUGCACUUGAUAGAUGUUUUAGAUCCAUUUUUGUAGAGAGAUUAUUUGUUUACCCAAUUUUAAGAGUGAUUGUGUACCCAUUAUUUAACUGACAGUGAGGAUUUUCCUUUGGGAUUUUUCCCUCUAAUUAUUGGAGGGUUAUAUAAAAAAUUUGGCAUGUGUUACAAUGUCUUUUUCAUUUUUUUUAUUGGCCAACCAACUGUUCUUUAAUUUAUAGAUAGGUAUGUUGCACCUAACAACUUGUUAGGAGUGUUCAUUUCCCCUGGGCGGACCACCAUAUUAAAUAUCAAAUUUUGAAGAUUGGGUUGAGGUAGGAUAAGUGCAAAAGAUUAAGUUGACAUGUUCUUCAUGCUGAAUGAUUUUGGUGGAUUUUUUCCAAAUAAAAUCCUAGCAAAGAUUUGUUAUUUUCCCUUUCAUUUGGAUUAAUGCCUACCAUAAAUAAAUAAAUUUGGAAUGCAAAGAGGUGUGGGAAGAGGAAGGGUAACGGAGGAAAAGAGAGCAAAAAAUUCACUUGAGACUUAUUGUCUUUCUCACUAGGGAAUAUAGGCAUGUUUGUGUGAAGGAGAUUGCAGUCCCACCCUAACUACUUUCCAGAUUUGCUUUCUGGAAUCAGAAAGGAAGCAGAAGCUGGAAGGCUGCCUUCAAAUGUUGCUCAGGCAAUGGAGGAAUUGUAUCAGAAUUAUCGGAAUGCGGUUUUCGAAAGUGGAAUUCCUAAUGCAGAUGAGAUUGUUCUAUCAAAUAUGACUGUUGCACUUGAUCGUAUUUUCAAGGAUGUGGAGGAUCCUUUUGUCUUCUUGCCACAUCACAAAGCCAUACGUGAACCUUUUGAUUACUACAUGUUUUUUCAAAAUUAUAUUCGGCCUUUGGUUGAUUUCAGGAGAUCAUAUGUUGGCAACAUACAUCUUUUCUAUGAAAUGGAAGAGAAGCUUCGACAGGGCCAUAACGUUGUAUUGAUUUCCAACCACCAAACAGAAGCAGAUCCAGCUAUUAUUGCCUUGCUACUUGAAGCAACUCAUCCAUAUAUUGCUGAGAACUUGACUUGUGUAGCUGGAGAUAGAGUCAUAACUGAUCCUCUUUCCAAGCCUUUCAGCAUGGGAAGGAAUCUCUUUUGCGUGUACUCCAAAAAGCACAUGUAUGAUGUCCCCAAGCUUGCUGAUAUGAAAAAAAGAGCAAAUACAAGAACUUUAAAAGAAAUGGCUUUGCUUCUGAGGGGUGGAUCACAAAUUAUAUGGAUUGCUCCAAGUGGUGGAAGGGACCGCCCAGACCCUGUAACAAAAGAAUGGUAUCCGGCGCCCUUUGAUGCUUCUGCGGUGGACAAUAUGAGAAGGCUCACAGAACAUGCUGGUGUUCCUGGUCAUAUUUAUCCCUUAGCAAUACUGUGUUAUGACAUUAUGCCCCCUCCACCACAGGUUGAGAAAGAAAUUGGAGAGAGAAGAGUGAUAUCCUUUCAUGGAGCUGGAUUAUCAGUAGUACCUGAAAUCAGUUUCCAGCAAAUUGCUGCUUCAUGUGGAGACCCUGAAGAGUCUAAGAUGGCAUUUACACAGGCCCUAUAUGAUUCUGUGAUGGAGCAGUACAAUGUGCUAAAAUGUGCUAUACAUGGCAAAAAAGGUCUGGAGUCGUCAGCUCCAAGCAUUUCAUUGUCACAACCGUGGAAUUAGUCAACUGGUUAUAUUAUGACAUUGCUUUAUGAUCAGGGUAGGAUGAUUCUUUUGACAAGAAUUGUAUAGCUUCUCUUGACACGAAUCAAGAGACUGUUGUGUUGCCAAAUGAAGCAUCUCCGGUGAAUCUGCCAUAUUUGAUGGGGCUUAUUCUUUUUUGCGGAGAUGAGAUCAACAGAGAUGGGAAUGGUUUCAGCAGCUGCUUCUUUUGGAUGCAUGCCUAUAGUUCAGCCUCCCUCUGAAACAAAUAUCCCUAUCCUUGGGAGCAAUUCUCCUGUAUAUUCACUAAACGUCCCAGAAGACAGAAAGGUAAAAUGUUAUCAGAUUUUGUUUGAAGGUAAUUCCUUCCCCACCCCCCAGAAAAAAAAGAAAGGGAAAAAAGAAAAAGAUGCCUGUACCAGAAAUUGUAGUGAUUUGGAUGCUGGUUUUGUAUAAAGUUUAAUCUUUGCUUUAUAAGCUGUUUCACAAUUUGAACCAGUAACGUAAUUAUUGAGAAGCAAUUUUUCUGUUGCUUUCAACAA